UGUUAUCUAUUUUUGGUCAACCAAACGGGCAAGUAACAAGAUCCAUCAUAACCUGUACUUAUAAAUCGUCCCCAGUCUAAUUCAAAAUUCUUAAAGAACCAAUCAAGUCAGCUAAACACUGGUGUCUUUCACUUUGGAAAGGCUCAUCAACUUGUCAUCACAAUUAUCGUUAGUUCAAUACGUAACACGAUGAGACUUCAAUUAAUUACGUUGGUCGUGUUAUCUGCUUUGGCGACGGAAAGCUGCAUGGGAGAGAGGAUCGUUGUGCUAUAUCCAGCGGGGGCCAAGAGCCAUUUUUACGCCGUCAUGCCGCUACUAGAGGAACUGGCAGAACGCGGGCACAACGUGACCGUAUUCUCACCAUACAAAGGAAUCACAAAAACAAUAAAAGACGCCACAGAAAUAUUUCUGGCAUCGAUAGCGCAGAAAGUUGACACAAUCGACAUCGAUUGGUUUGGUAUGCAAAAACAAGGAUCAAAACAAUUUUUCACAAUGAUGCGCAUCAUGACCGACCUUUCCGUUCUCGCUUGCGAGGGAACGGUGACAAAUCCAGAAUUUCAAAACGUCAUUAAAAAUCGUGACGUCGAUUUGUUCAUUGUUGACGCAUUCGGGCAUGAAUUCAUCUAUCCAAUCAUACAUAACAUUGGAAUUCCAUUCGUCAUUCACGGUUCUUCAUCACCUCUUCAGACCACGCUGGACGCAAUGGGAGCACCUAAAGAAUACGCCUCAGUUCCUGCCAUGCCGCUGGAUUUCGACAAUCACAUGAAUUUCUUUCAGCGAUUCGUCAAUGUUGUGUUGGGAGAAGCGCUGAAAUUGAUGCGAAAUAUUCUUAUUAUAGCAAAAUUAGACGCGAUCAUUCAACGAGAGUUUCCAGGUGUUAAAACUAUUAAAGAAGUUGAAGGAGAGGCCAGCCUCUACAUUUCCAACGCCCACGCAAUCACCAAUUGGCCGCGCUCUUUACCUCCGACAGUCUUGACUAUUGGAGCGAUUCACGCCCGGCCGGCCAAACAACUUCCACCGAAAUUCAAAGUCUUUGCCGACGAAGCUAAAGACGGUUUUAUCGUCUUCACGCUGGGGUCUUUCGUCUCGGUGUCGUCCAUGCCACAAGAUCUGGUCGACAUUUUUAUGCGAGUCUUUUCUAAACUUCCCCAGCGAGUGAUUUGGAAAUGGGAGGCUGCUAUUCCGGACAACAUUCCGCCCAAUAUCAUGAUGGUCGAUUGGCUACCCCAACAAGAUCUCCUCGGACAUCCGAAUGCCCGGGUCUUUAUCACUCACGGUGGUAUGCUCGGUACGCAAGAAUCAAUUUACCAUGGCGUUCCAUUGCUUGGUUUACCGUUUGGCAAUGAUCAACAAGCUAAUGUAGCACGAGCUGUUCGAGACGGAUGGGGCCUGAAACUUGACUGGAAUGAAGUGGACGACCGCAUCUUAGAUGAAGCUAUUAGACACCUCAUCAAUGACCCAAGCGUAAAAGCGAAUGUAACGAAAUGGUCACAGCUGAUGCACGACGAAAUAAUGCCCGGUAAAGAAGUAGCUGCCUACUGGAUCGAGUACGUUAUCCGUCAUGGAGACACUAAACACCUUCAACUGGCCUCCAAAAAUAUGCCAUUCUAUCAACGUCAUUUGAUUGAUGUGGCAUUUUGUUUGGGUUCAAUUGCAAGCCUCUUUAUUUUGAUUGUUUUCAUGCUUACUCGUACGUUACUACAAUGCUAUCGGAAGCGCACAUCUGAAAAACUAAAAAAAACAUGAAAUGUUUUACUUCAAUAAAAUAAUUUUCAGUUCAA